CGCGUCCCGCCAUGGGCUGCUCCAGCAGCGCGCUCCACAAGGCCGGCGACAGCAGCCGGCUCCGCGGCGGGGUACCUGCAAAUGAGUGUGUUUCCAGUGCGGAAGAAAGUGAGUCUUGUGUCGCCCAACCCAAGCCAUGUGCUUUGGGAAGAGAAUCCGCAUUUUAUGGCAAGGUACAAAGUAAAAGCCUUCCACCAUUGGAGAGACCCAAGGCUUCAGUGGCACCUACAGCUAAUGGUGUUACACCCAGGCAUGAAUUGUCCUUGGUGCAGGAUGGAGCCGCUGGAAAGGAUGCCCCAGAGCAGACGGGACCCACAGAGAAGACUGGGCCUACGGACUUGCCAGAGGAGUCUGAGCUACCUCAACCAGGAGACAAAGAUGAUACCCCAGAAAUAGAGGAAACGAAGAGAGACCUGGAAGCAGCGACAGAGGUUCAGCCUUUGAAAGGAAGUGCUGAGACUGAGGCCCUGGGGACGGAGCAGAGCGGCUCGCUUGCAGCAGGGGAGAGUGUGGAGAACCAGCCAAACGCCGGAAUGCUAAAACCCCCGGGAAGAGCCGAGCGCAGUGUGCCCGUGCAGUCAGCUGGAGGUCUACCAGCCGGAGAAGCAAUGGAAGGUGACCAGCAUCCCCCGAUGCCAGAAGCAGUUCCUGAAGAGAACAACUCUCCAGAAAUAUCCGAAGGAUGUCAGUCCGUGGAAACGGUUGAACAACGGAGACUUCAAGAGACCUUGGGAGAGGAUGGACAGUCCCAGCUUCUCGAAGCGAUUCCCACCGGGGAAAAGCCUCCAGAAAUUCUAGAAGAGAGUCAGUUGGUGGAGAACAGCGAAGAGCAAGAACUUCAAGAAACUCUGGGAAAAGAUGAGCAGUCCCGACUUCAGGAAACGAUUCCCAAAGAGGACGCGGUGCGGGAAAUAUCAGACAGAAGUCAACUUGUGCAAACACCAGUAAUGAAAGAGUCCCUGCAUGAAAUUCCUGAAGCUCCUGGAGACAUGGAGCAGGUGGAACCUGAAGAAAUAGCUGGAAGCAGGGAGAAUCCAGCAGGAGCUACGGAGACAGCAGCUAGUGUGGACAUGACCAGAAACAGCCACGCUGAUGAAGAGGAGCAACACAUUGAAGGUGAGACAGGGGAAAAGGUGGAAGCAGAGAUGGAGAAUGAGAAAGCAAGUGAAGGGGCUGAAACAAAAGAACAAGAAACUGGAGAGGUUAUGGAUCUUUCAGCAGAUGGCCAUGGUGACCAAAGCACGAAUGGACACAGCGUGUUACAAUAGAGGGCAUGGGAAAAUGGGGAUGAUG